GGUCAUUAACUUAAUCUUUGAUCACGUAGGAAAUUGAUACGAUGCAGCUGUGAACGAAAUAAUGAAUUGGCUGUGUUUUUGAAAGAGCUGGUUGAGUUUGUCAACUGGACAGAGCAACUAACCGUUUUUAGACAUAAUGCCUUACCGUCAUCCUAAGCUUUGCGUCAAGGGAGUCUUCAUGGGUUACAGAAGAAGCAAGGUUCUUCAGAACACCAACCAGGCUCUGAUUAAGAUCAAUGGAGUGAACACCACCAAGGACUCUCUGUUCUACAUGGGAAAGCGUGUCGUUUACAUUGUGAAGACCCACGCUAACGGAAAGGCGAAGACCCACUGCAUGUGGGGUAAGGUUGCCGCCACCCACGGAACCAAUGGUGUCGUUCGCUGCAUCUUCAAGACUCAUCUUCCUCCCACCGCUAUUGGAAAGAACGUCUACGUGAUGCUUUAUCCUAGCCGUGUGUAAUUAGAGAUGGUUGUGUUUGAUCAAGAAUUGCACUGGAA